AAUCACUGCACUCGAUUCCGUUAGUUUGCAUGUCGGCAUUCCUAUUGGAAGGUUUGAUAUCUCAUCUUCUCCGUGUAAUUAUUCUUAUUAUUUACACACUUGUGAAAAGCACUUCAGCUACUAUCGUAUAUAAACAUUAACCAACUGGGAGAACGGUCAACAGUUGCUCGUCUACGCAAUGAUUUCGGCUCGAGCUCUCCAUUAUGUUUUCAAAAUCGGAAAUCGUGCCAAAAAUGCGCACUUUUUCCGGGAAAUCCUCGGAAUGAAGGUUCUAAGGCACGAGGAAUUUACCCAAGGUUGUGAUGCCGCCUGCAAUGGCCCUUACGACAACCGAUGGAGCAAAACAAUGAUUGGAUAUGGACCGGAAUCGACGCAUUUUGUGAUCGAGCUGACGUACAAUUACGGCGUGAAGGAAUACACUCUGGGAAAUGAUUUCGGCGGAAUGACAAUCAAAUCGGCGGAUGUGGUUGAACGCGCCUCCAAGAGCAACUAUCCCAUGGAACGUGAUGGUGACCGGUAUGUGCUGACGUCCCCCGAUGGGUACAAAGUUUUCGUUAUCAACGAGAAGCACGGGGAAAACGAAGAUCCCGUAAAGAAAGUCACUUUGAAUAUUACCGAUUUGGAGCGUUCCGUCAAAUACUGGCAAAAUGCGCUUCAAAUGAAGCGUUUGGGAGCUGACGAGAGGUCAGUCCAGUUGACCUACAAAGAGGGCGGAUUUGUUCUGGAAUUAAACAAGAUUGCCGAUCCUUUGGAUCGGGCCAAGGCAUACGGUAGAAUUGCUUUUGCUGUCCCGCUCGAAGUGCAACCGAAGAUAGAUGAAACCAUCAAGAGUACCAACAAUACCAUUCUUACGCCGUUGAUCUCACUGGAUACUCCCGGGAAAGCCACUGUCCGUGUGAUUAUUUUGGCCGAUCCGGAUGGUCAUGAGAUUUGCUUCGUCGACGAGGAAGGUUUCACCGAGCUUUCCCAGGUGGAUCUGGCAAGCGAUGGUGAGCUGAACAAGUAUAUCAAGAAGGAUCCAUUCCAGGAACAAUAGUGUUCCGAAAUUUGUGUUACUUAAACGAAAGGCAAAUAAAAGCACUUGUGAUUGUUUAAAA